UUCCUCAGUGUUUAAUAAAUGUUCUGUAACUUAUUAGUUGGUAUGUAAUACAGCAUGUGAUGUAUGCCAUGCCUGAUCUUAUUUGUUUUUGUUAAUAAACAUUUUCUAAAAUAGUUUUUCAUUAUUUCUUACUAUUUGAUUGUUUUGUGCAAGAAGAGAGCUGCCUUAGAUGUUUCACAUACGAAUGAGAAGUACAAAUUAUAACAUGCUUUGAAUUUGAAUUGCUUUGAAUAAACAAUUCUUGUCUUUUAUUUACACGUAUAAACUUAUAAUACAAAAAUAUAAAACAAUGCGCAGAUAUCACUUUGCUUAAUUUACAAAGAACUUAAAUUAUGAACAAAAGUAAUAUACAGGUCAACAUUACAUUCAUUCCCAUUUUUUUCCAGAAAUAAAAGGUAACGACUUAAUUGUGAAAAUGAUUACUACAGGUCUACAAUGUUAGAAAAUAUAACACAGCAGGACAUGCAUACAAAAUACUUCAGAAAUCAUAUUUGUGGAUCAAGUUUGCCUAAAACAUUUGUGGACAUAUCUAGCAUGAUAACACUACAAUAAUAAUCAUGUCGUCUUUUACUUGUAUUUUUAAGUACCUUAUCUACUUCUUUACUUAUUAUUGUGGAUUGGUUUAAGUGAGUUUUAAAUGGUUUCUGUUGUAAUGUGGUGCUAUAGAGAAAAUAAAAUGAACUUGACCUUUCAGUGCAGAGUAACACGGCGUUCUUUUCCUUGAAUGAAUCAGCAUUUGAAAGAAUCGAGUGACUCGGUGAUUCAACCGUCCAAUCAGAUGCGUCCCACUUCCUGCAUCCCAAUGUGUAUACCCUCCAUAAAUAGCAUUCAAAACUAUAAAACUAUAAACUAUACUAUCACAUCAAAUUUAUGAUGGCUAGGAGGCACAUUGGGAUGCAGGUACUGGGAUGCCAGUUUUUCCAUCAUGGUGAGCUGGUCUAUGUUCACAUUGUACCUUGAACGCCUCAGUCAAGAACGCUCCUUAUAGAUCCGCCAUCCUUGCACUGUAAUAUGUUCAGGCCGCUGCAGGAGUUUUGAGAUGUUUUAUAUUUACUGCAUCAUCCACCUUGGCCGCUUGCUGUCCCAGUACCUGAAAGGCUCUCGAGACGUCUAUGUUCUGAAAUCUUCAGUCCAGGAGGCCAUCCAGAUGAGGAUCAAGUAGCUAAUUUGAUAAACUGAAACAGUUUGCACAGAUAGACAACUUAAGGCUUGGAUCUGUUAUUCUGUUCGGUUCUCCCAGACUUAUAGUACUUAGCUGCGUCCUGAAUCUUGACCAGAAUACCUCUCUUCUCCAGCUGGUCUCCACCUCUCCUGUCCCUCUCUUCCUCACAAAUGAUACUUACUUAAUCCAGCUGGGGCGUCAAGAUCAUCAUGUAACCAAGUAGUCACAAGGUUUUUUUUUUUUUUUUUCUUGAAUGCGAUCUCUACCAAUUAUACAGGCCACAAUUUGUGUUAAACGUAAAAUUUGGUUGUUUUUAAUGACCCAGAAGAUGUGGCAGCACCGUCGUCGUUUAGAUACGAUGUUGCCACAAAGUGCUAGGUGUAGCAGAAAUUAUACAAACUAGAGAUGCACGAUAUUGGAUUUUUGCAGAUAUGCAGAUAUUCCGAAAACUCAUUUUGGCCAAUACCGAUAUAUUUAUUUUUAUUUGGAAACAACACCAAGUCCCUCCUGUGCAGAUAGUAAAAGCUAUUUUUUUUUCUAACAAGAACUUAUUCAUUGGAACUACACAUGCUUUUACCGUUUACUCUCUCAUCAACCGAACACGUCAUUCUGUACUGUGCUUAAAUGCAGCAAUCCAAAGCAGGUUCUUUUACAGUGUGAUGACCCCCAAAUGCAGGGACAGCCAGCACAUGCUACUGGAAGCAACCAGGAAGGUCAUUCUUCAGCUGCCAGACUACACUAUUCAGACUCCCCAUUACAAAAAACAUGACAAGUCAAGACAAGCACUGACAAUGUGCAGGUCCUUACACUAAAUUCUACUUGUUCUUACCUGUCACUACAGCAGCUCCAUCUGUUCCUAAUCCAUACAACUUUUGAAUUGGUAUGUUUUUCUUACGCAGCACUUCCUUUAUCGCAGCCACGGUAGUAUUUGCCUUCCCGUUAGUGACGUUUACUAGCUCUAGAAAUGGGCAGAAGAGCUGGCUUUCUCUGUGUAGCUUGGGGGGAAAAACUAAACAUUCCCGCCUCAAUCUCUUCUUCACUCCGCCAGAGUUUUGCAGCGUGUUUCAACGAAUCCCUCUUAAGCAACACAUCCUCUAAUAGCUAGAAGUCAAUGACAGAAGAUGACGUCGGAGCAGAAUCUGGAUACAACGGAAGGUGAACAUAAAUGCUUAGAGGCAAGAGAAAGACAGAGAGAAAAACAAGAUCCAGUCCAGAUGAGAAAUGCCCCGACUACAGUCAGCGUUGAUAUAUAUUCUGAAACAGGUGCGAGUGUAAAUGCUCCUUUAUUGACCGGAAACACCUUUACAGGACCAGUAACCAUUUAUGGCUCAAAUGCUGAAGGAAACGAUAAACAGAAAUCCUCAGAGAUGGCAGAGGAACACAGAGAAAUACAAGAGCUGCAAAACUUUUUAGAAACUCACAAAACAAACAUGAAGGAGAAAACAGAAUAUAUUUUUGAGGGCAACAAAGACAAGGAAGCACAACUCAAGGCUGUUUACACAGAUCUGUUCAACAGAGGAGAUAUGAAAGAUGUCAAUCACGAACAUGAGAUUCUGAAGAUUGAUGAUGCUUUCAAGCGAAAAACACAGGACAAACCAAUCAAAUGCAAUGAUAUAUUUACUGAACUAAGGAAAAACAGUGAGAAAAAAAAUGUUCUCACUAAGGGCAUCGCUGGCAUUGGAAAAACUGUCUCUGUGCACAAGUUCAUCCUGGACUGGGCAGAAGGAAAAGCCAAUCAAGAUAUACACUGUGUGUUCCUGCUUCCAUUCAGAGAGAUUAACUUAAUGACAAAUGAAGAUUUCAGUCUCCAUGAGCUUCUGCUAGAAUUUUAUCCUGAACUGAAGGACCUGGAGAAAUCAAAGAUAUAUAAGGAAUGUAAGAUAGCAUUUAUAUUUGAUGGACUUGAUGAGAGUCGCCUGUCUCUAAAUUUUAAAAGUAGAUCACUGAACACUGUUGAGAAAAAAGCAUCUGUGGAUGUGCUCUAUACAAGUCUGGUCAAAGGGACUCUGCUUCCAUCAGCUAUUGUCUGGGUGACAUCACGACCAGCAGCAGCCAAUCAGAUUCCUCCUCAGUAUGUAGGUUUGUUCACAGAGGUCCGAGGAUUCACUGACCAACAGAAGGAGGAGUACUUCAGAAAGAGAUUCACAGAUGAGAGUCUGUCCUCCAGAAUCAUCUCACACAUUAAGACGUCUCGUAGUCUCUACAUCAUGUGCCACAUUCCUGUGUUCUGCUGGAUCACAGCCACAGUACUUCAGGAUAUUCUCACUGAGAACAAUGAAGAGAACAUCAGCACAACACUCACUGAAAUGUACAUUCACUUCCUGAGGAUACAGAUGAACAUGAAGAGUCAGAAAUAUGGCGAACAACAAGAAGGAGAAUGUUCAGAGCACUUACUUUUAAAUAGAAAGAUGAUUCUGAAGUUAGCCAAGCUAGCGUUUGAACAGCUGAAGCAGGAAAACAUUGUGUUCUAUGAGAAAGAUCUGAAAGCAUGUGGCAUUGAUGUGAGUAAAGAUGCUGAGUUCACAGGAAUGAUCACUCAGAUCUUUAAGAGGGAAUUUGGACUUUAUAAGACAAAGAUCUUCUGCUUUGUGCAUCUGAGCGUUCAAGAGUUCCUCGCUGCAGUGCAUGUGUUCACCUGUUACCUGAACAAGAACCAGCAAGAGCUUAAGUUUUUCUUUGAGAAUUCACAAACUACAGUCAUGCAAAAUCAUACAUUUCUUUUUAGAAACGUCAAAUUGCAUGACUUAACAGAGAGAGCCAUUGAAAAAGCAAUGCAGAGUAAGAGGCAUCUGGACCUGUUCCUGCGGUUUCUGAUGGGUAUUUCACUGGAAUCCAGUCAAAAUCUGCUGAAAGGCCUGAUCACACACACUGAAGACACCACAGAGAGCAUCAGAAAUCUAAGUGCACACAUUAAAGAAUUACAACAACAGGACAUCUCAGAUGAAGCUUCAGUCAACCUGUUCUACUGCUUACUUGAGCUCAAGGAUAAUUCAUUAUAUGAGGAAAUCCAGAGUUACCUCAGUUCAAAUGAACAUCCAGGAAGAGAUCUCUCAUCUUCAAUGUGCACAGUGUUGACCUACAUACUACUGAUGUCAGAGAAGGUGCUAGAUGAGUUCAACCCAAAGAGGUUCACAUCAGAACAAUCAGAUUACAAGAGACUCAUUCCAGCUGUGAGAUGCUGCAGAAAAGCUCUAUUUGAAAGCUGUGGUUUUGAUGAAACAUGCUGUGAAACUCUGUCUUCUGCUCUACAAACAUCAAACCAUCUGACAGAGCUGAACCUGAGCAGCAAUCACCUGCAGGAUUCAGGAGUGAAGCUGCUUUCUGAUGGACUGAAGAGUUCACACUGUCGUUUAAACAUACUGAGGCUGUGUGGGUGUCAUCUCACUGCUCUGUCCUGUGAAAGUUUAUCUUCAACUUUACAAUCAUCAAACUCUGUCCUGAGAGAGAUGGACCUGAGUAACAAUGAUCUGCAGGAUUCAGGAGUGAAGCUUCUUUUGGAUGGAAGGAAGAGUCCAAACUCUAAGCUGGAGAUACUGAGAUUUUCCACAUGUAAUCUCACCGGGAGUUGUGGGAGUUUGUCUUCAGUUUUACAAUCCUCAAACUCUGUCCUGAAAGAGCUGGGCCUGAGUAACAAUGAUCUGCAGGAUUCUGGAGUGGAGCUUCUUUCUGAAGGACUGAAGAGUUCAAACUGUAGACUGAAGAUACUGAGGUUGUCUGGCUGUAUGGUGACAGAGGAAGGCUGUGGUUAUGUGUCUUCAGCUCUGACUUCAAACCCCUCACACCUGAGAGAGCUGGAUCUGAGCUACAAUCAUCCUGGAGAUUCAGGAGUGAAGCUGCUCUCUGAAAAACUGGAGGAUCCAAACUGCUCACUAAAUAAACUCAAUGUUGAGCAUGGAGGAGAAUCCAGGAUUACAGCAGGACUCCAGAAAUUGUUUUUCACACUGGAUCCGAACACAGCAUACACUGAUCUCAGACUGUCUGAGGAGAACAGAAAGGUGACAGGUGUGUCUCAGUCUCAGUCGUAUCCUGAUCAUCCAGACAGAUUUGAUGUGUGUCCUCAGGUGUUGUGUAGAGAGAGUGUGUGUGGACGCUGUUACUGGGAGACUGAGUGGAGUGGACUUGUGUCUAUAUCAGUGUCAUAUAAGAACAUCAGCAGGAAGGGAUGGGAUGAAGAUUGUUGGUUUGGAUCUAAUGAUCAGUCCUGGAGUUUGAUCUGCUCUCCUGACAGAUACUCAUUCAUACACAAUAACAUAAUGACUGAUCUCUCUGUGAAGCCCAUCAUCAUCAGAAGAAGAAGAACAGGAGAUUAUGAAGAUAUCUACAGAGUAGGAGUGUAUGUGGAUGAGAGCGCAGGAACUCUGUCCUUCUUCAAUGUCUCUGACACAAUGAGACUCAUCCACACAGUCCAGACCACAUUCACUCAGACACUCUGUCCUGGGUUUAAAGUUUAUUCUGGAUCAUCAGUGAAACUGUGUUGAUGAUGUAAGGAGGUGAAUCAAAACCUGUAAAUGCAAUAAGACUGAUCUGAGAAGGGAUAUCCAAAGGAA